AGAAGAGGGAAAGAACAGUUGGAGAAGGAAGAAAGCAGGAAAGGAAGGGAGACUGGGAAGGGGAAGGUCAGCUGGAGAAGAAACUCUUUGCCCUUUUCCAUGAGUAAGGGGGAGCUGAGCAGAGCGCAUCAAGACGGCAUCACGAAGCUAUCUCAGAUCUGUGGAGAAAAUGCCCUUUGGAGCAGAAGAAUCUUCAGUUCUCCUGUGUUAGGAUGUUUUCUUGCCCUUUCUUUCCUCCUAGGCUUGGACGCCAUGACAACGGUCAGCUGACCCAGCAAACACAACCCUCUGCAGAUUGCACUGGCGCUGGUGGAAGGGAGCUGCUGUUUUUGCUGUUGGAAAUGCGGAGAGCCCCCCGGCCGGCUCUUCCCUGUGUCAGUGAGUGCCUGCAGCGCACCUGGGAGAAAGCCUACCAGGAUCACAGGAGAAAGGUCCAGGAUGCCCAGCCCCUCGUGGAUGCCCGCGCCCCCUGGAGCCUUGGCCACCUCCGCCUGAAACUCAAGAAGCUGAAGCUGGAGGAGGAGCGGCUUGCCAUCAUCGACAGGGACAACCGCCUGCUGCUGGAGAAGUUGUCUUGCGUCAUGAGGACCGGGGGACAGACCGAGAGCGGAAACAACCACACGCACAAGAGGUACCGGGGCCCCCGCAUCCUACAGUCAGCACCAACCUGGGCAGAGCCCAGAGCGCGCCACUCCAGGGCCCACACAGAGGAGCUGCCCCAGAGCUGGAACGUUUUCUUGCCGCCCACCCUGCAGGGAGCCCUGUGCCUUUUCCUCUGCCCUGCCUUAAUCAAAGUAUUUUCUGGGGCUCAGGCUAAUUCUGUGCCCACAACAGAACAAGGACACCAACGGCAGCUCUCAGUGUCCCUCUGCGCUGUCCCAAGCCUGCUGCACCAUCUUCCUGCCUAACCCUCAUAAGCAUCCCAUGAGGAAGGGGCCACGGGGAAACGGAGGCAGCAGGCAGCGAGGAACAUUGCCAAGAUGGCCCCCAGGAGGUCGUAGGAAGCAGAUUCCUGCCCCAGGGCCUGUGCUCAGGCUGGGCUCCUGCACUUCCAUGUGCAGAAACGGCCCGAUGUCCGUCUGGAAAAUGCAUGGAAGGUCAUGUGACUUUGUGUCCCGCGUGGCAUGGUGACCGCUCCUGUUUGUUAGAGGGGAGCCUGGUGCUGGUGCUACUCUCGACCAACAACAUUGUCUUUACCCAAAGCGGGGCUCUCUGUGGAGGUGCAGGACAGCAGGCCUCCACAGUCUUUAAAAUCUGCCUACAAAUAUUUAGAGACACUUAUGAACCCCAAGAGCCCCUCUUCUCUAAAGCAAACAGCCCCUGUCCCCUGCACCCUACAAAUCCCCAGAGUUGGCCCCCUGGUUUUGUCACUGUCCUUUCCGUCCCGCAGUGCCUGUGAGGGAUGAUUUCAGGUGGGCGGGUUUUCAGAACUGUUCAUACUUCAGCCCGCGCCUGUCUCCGAGGAGCUCACAGUGGU